GUCGUGUCCCUAAUCCACUGUCCCAGAGGGCUGGUCCCGCCCCCAUCUCUGUUUUGACAGCGGGCUGCUGCUGCUGCUUCUGAGACAAUCUAGUGCUGCCUUCCUGGGUGGCCGUGUCGAUCACUAGCAGCUGCGCUUCCACCCAUCGUCUCGCACUUCUACUUCAUCGCUUCCUCCAUCCAUCCUCGCCCAUCGACCGACCGACCGGCUGCAGUCCGCCCGCGCUUCAAUCCAUCGUCGCGUCGCUCCCGGCCCGAGGACGCCGACGGGAGCCUGCCAAUCACCCCGUGGUGUCACGAGCCACGACGUCUCAACGUCGCGACGGUUCAACACCAGCUACGGCGCUCUCGCCCAGCGCCGUCCCGUCGUGACCUCGCCGCGCGCCUCGCCUGUACGACGCUCAAGCAUGCCGCGCCGACGACGGUAGAAGCGAUUCGUCCUCUCUCCCGGCCAAUAAUGCCUGCACCGCGCCGCUCGGUUCCCCGGCCUGACCCGAGAUGAAGCUGCGAGUCGCCAUCCGAGAGCAGCUCGCCGCGCUCGUCAUCCUGGCGGUUCUCGUCGCCCUCGCCAUCGUCUCCAUUCCAACAUGGGUCUACGUCCAUAACUUCGUCGUCGACGUCGAGUCCAGUGGCCUGUCUCUCACGGCCUCGCUCAAGGCGUCGCGCGUAGCUUCUGAGCUCGACCUCCUCUACACCCUGUGCCAGACCGUCGCAACCCGGGUCCUGCUCCAGCAGGCCUUCAUCGAUUUCUACAAUGGCAAUGCCACCGAGCCCUUUGCCAAUGCCCGGGUCGAUCUGCACAGUGCUAUGAGCACCAGCCGACUCACCAAUCUGCUUCAGGCGCGAUUGUAUUCCAGGAAUGUCACGGGCAGCAGCUUCGGCCUCCUCAAUGUUACUGGCGCGGAGACCGGCGACAUCGAUCUUCUCUACAACACGCCCAACGGCACCAGGGCUAAGCUCAGUGAUACCUCCUAUGGCUAUCCGCCGUCGCUCUAUCCCAACAUCACCUACGAAUCACUCGGCUACCCUAACCCCUACGAGCCCUCCACGCCCGCCUUCAGCGCCAACGCAUUUCCCGGUGUUCGCAUCAGUGACAAGGGCGGGCUGCUCCUUGGCCCGCUUGUCCUAAAUGAAUCCUACGCCUUGAUGUCGCUCACCGUGCCUGUCAGGUCUCUCAACACUACCAACUUCAUUCUAGGGUAUAUGACCUUGGUCGCCUCGGCCGAGACUCUUCUCCAGGUUCAGACGUCCCGCGAGGGCCUCGGAUCAUCUGGCGUAGUCCUCUUUAUCGGCCCGAGCAGUCCUUCAAAUCAUUUCAUCAGUCCGCUAUCGCCUACCAAUAGCACGUACUCGCCACCAAAGGACGAAUUUGCUCGAUCUCCUGCCCGUUAUGUCCUACCCCCAAUCAGCAUGCCCGGAGAGGUUCAGCGUCAUGCCAGUAGAGACUAUGUGGAUGGCCGAUACGACGCGGACUUUAGCCUCUCCGACUACCCCGCUGUCUUCGAUGUAUACUACAGGAACAUUUCAGGCCCGAACAACGCCACUGCACUCCUGUCCACCACCAACGAACAAGACGUCCGUGUCGCUGUCGGUGUCGCCAGGCCGCAGUCCACCCUCGUUGACUGGGCUGUCGUUGUUGAGAAGGCCGAGGCCGAGGCCUACGUACCGAUCAGUACUUUGAGGAAGAUUCUCCUUGGUUGCGUCUUUGGUACCGCUGGCUUGGUCAUCAUCUUCAUCUUUCCUACCGCUCAUUUGAGCGUCUUGCCCAUCCGGCGGCUCAAGGCUGCAACUGAGAAGUCGAUUAACCCUCCCGGUUACGAAGACGAGUAUGACGACUUCGACGAGGACCCGAGCUCCGGCGGCACCUCAUCAGGUUCCCGGAAGGGGGUCUUCGCCAAAUUCCGGCGAAGAUUUAGAAAGAGGAAGCGACCAUUGACGCAGGCCGAGAUUGAAUCUCAUCGUCGCGUGUUCAAGAUCCCUGGACGUGUCGAGGACCGCAAGCAUUUUGUCACCGACGAGCUGACAGAACUCACGGAAACCUUCAACGAGAUGACAGACGAGCUGCUCAAGCAAUACACCUCCUUGGACGAGAAGGUUGCCGAGAGGACCAAGGAGCUCGAGAUCAGCAAACGGGCUGCAGAGGCGGCCAACGAGAGCAAGACGCUUUUCAUCGCAAACAUAUCUCAUGAACUGAAGACACCGCUCAACGGGAUCAUGGGCAUGUGCGCGGUUUGCAUGGAAGAAGACGACAUAAUGCGAAUCAAGCAGUCGCUCAAGACUUUGUAUAGAUCAGGCGACCUAUUGCUACAUCUGUUGGAAGACCUGCUCAGCUUCUCGAAAAACCAGAUUGGGCAACACGUUAGUCUCGAGGAGCGCGAAUUUCGCCUGGGCGAGAUAAGGUCACAGAUGCUAUCCAUUUUCGAUAAACAAGUUCGCGAGAGCAAAGUUACUUUCACAGCGAGCUUUGUUGGCUCCGACUCGGCUGACUCCAGCACGAGCCCUGACCGCACCGGGGUGGAUCAGAGGCUGCCUGCCCUCGGUCCCCUGGGCAUGGGCCGGCUGAAAGAUGCUUACCUUUGGGGCGACCAGCACAGAAUACUGCAGGUCAUCAUCAACUUGGUUAGCAACAGUUUAAAAUUCACACCUGCAGGGGGACGGGUUGAGUUGCGGAUGCGAUGCAUCGGUGAGGCGCCGCCGGGGCCAGGAGAGGACGAUCGCAAAUCGUCUACGUCUCUCUCAAAGACAACAUCUGCGCGAGUGGGACGCAGCCGGCAUCGUGGUGGUGGCGGCUCGGGAUCGACACAUUCGGCAAGCUCCAGGGCAACGACGGCACCAGCUUCGUCACAUAAAGCCGGAACGGCUCUGUCCAUCAAUCCCAUGGACCCGGCAGCAACGCCUCAUGUCUACAUCAGGGAGCGCUCGCCGACCCCGCCACCGCCAAAUGCAAAGCCGUUUUUGUUCGAGUUCCAAGUCGAGGACACGGGCAGAGGCAUUCCCGAGCAUAUGCUCGAGAAGGUGUUUGAACCGUUCGUACAGGGUGAUUUGGGUCUCAGCAAGAAGUUUGGUGGCACAGGUCUGGGUCUAAGCAUUUGCGCUCAAUUGGCAAAGUUGAUGGGCGGAUCUAUCGCGGUCAAGAGUACGAUUGGUGUUGGCUCUAUGUUCACCAUGCAAAUCCCGCUCAAGUACGUCAGGGACCGUGUGCCGAGCACCGCGUCGAGUAGCACCAAGUCGCGGCCGCCGAGCGUCGGAUCAGCCGCUGGUGCAGCGGGCGACACACAUCGCAACUCGCUCGGUAGCGUCGCCAGCGUCUCCGAACAGAAAACUGCAAACACGAACGGAAAAUCCAGUGUCCUCGAGGACAAACAGCCACGACUCAUCGGUCUGAGUGCUCCUUUUUUUGCCUCCAAUCCGCAUGCUGCGACGCCUACUAGCAAGCAAGACCAGCAUGCCGCCAUAGACAAGGCCAUAGCGAACAAAGCGGGCCGAGGCAAGCUGCGCGUGCUGGUGGCGGAUGAUAACUCGACCAAUAUCGAGGUGGUGAGUAGGAUGCUGAAGCUCGAGGACGUGUACGACGUUACCAUCGCAAAAGAUGGCCAAGAGGCAUAUGAGCUGGUCAAGGCCAAUAUGGAAAAGAAUAAGCACUUCGACGUCAUCUUCAUGGACAUACAGAUGCCGAAUCUUGAUGGCUUGCAGUCAACACGCCUGAUUCGCAAGAUGGGGUACUUAGCGCCCAUCGUUGCCUUGACGGCAUUUUCCGAAGAAAGCAACGUCAAAGAGUGCAUGGAAUCAGGCAUGGAUGAGUUCCUCGCCAAGCCGAUCCGCCGACCCGCGCUGAAGAAGGUCCUGACCAAGUUUGCCACGAUUCCCGAGGAGCCAGAGACUUCGGGAAUAGCGAAGAAGGCGGAGCUGGAGGUGAAGGCUUCGCCCGUGAAUGGUAGCACUGAUCCCGAGCGCGACCCAUGAUUUGGAAGUGCGACUCGGAUUGCGCAACUGAUGAAAUAUUCCCCUUCAUAUUCGAUUUUAGAUAUGCUCACAUGGCAACUGUAUAUACAAGGAGGGCGCGGCGUCGGCGCAACAGCGGGACAGGACCACGGGACAGGUGCGAAAAAGGCGAAAGUGACCAUUUUGGUUGGCUGCAUGUAGCGGUGGCGCGAACAUUCGUGUCCUGAAAAUGGAUACUAAGUUACUCGGUCGAUUCAUACAUGUUUGCGAUGUGUUUGCGUUGAGCAGAAUCGUCAAGUGCCUCCAUAGCGAACACCUAGAGGUAUCAUCACAUGUUCCAUUUCAGGUGGUCUAUUCAUCGCUCGGGUGUACUGUGGAGUGGUGAAGCAAAGGCGGAGAUGUGCUUGAUGGCAUGACACCAUGGAAUGGAAAGCGGACGCAAUUGCUACGUGCGUCGUGCGCUUAUCAGGACAUGCGGAGAACCUACGAUGACUGCGGCAACUCAUGAAGUCUUGACAGCAUUACCCCAUUAAUAAAGC